UCAUAGGAGGCGUCAUAUGAUGUUAUCUUGGAUUUCCUAACCACAACUAUAUCUCAAACGCAAGGAUUCAAAUGAUUCAGUUUCCCCAAGAUUCACAUUAUCUCCUUCGGCUGUGUCUAAGCAAUGCAUCAGUAACGAAUGCUAUUCGUUCUGGUUGAACUGUAGUAGCGCGUGGAUGGAAGCUUUGAGCUUUGAGCCUUAUGCUUCACAUUUAAUUGCAACAUGUCACUCGUUCUCUCAACAAAACCCACAACCUUCCAAGCUCACUGGAAGACCGAUUCACACUUGUCCCUUCGCUAUCCAAAUCACCGUAACAGUAAUCACAUCCGCUCCUUUUCUUCCUUUAGCGGAUUAAUAGGAUUCAAGAAAAAGUUCUCUUUAAAAAAGGGUGGUUGUCUGAUCGAGUCCUACAGACAUGGAAUUCAUGUUGGAAAAUCCCUUGAAUGUGGAGGAAGGGUCAACUUUGAUAUUCCCGCUGAAAAUAGGGAAGAUGCAUGCCAAUCUGUUCAAGCACAAAAGAUGGCCUGCAGUGGUCUGGAAUUUUUGGCCGUUAGCUUCUAUCAUUUUGUUAGGAUUGAAGACCCACAAGAGGAAGUUGCGAAACACCAGGAGUUUUUGGAGAGUCGGAAUAUAAUGGGCCGCAUAUACAUAAAUCAACAAGGCAUCAAUGCACAGUACAGUGGUCCUGUUUUAGAUGCUCUUGCAUAUGCUGAAUGGGUCAAGGAGGAUGCUCGAUUUAAGCACAUACUUGUCCAGAUGUCACCGUCUUCUACUCAUGCUUUUCCAAGAUUGAAACUGCGGUAUAAAUCUUCACUAAUACAGGUGGAAGGUGGUGUAUCCGAUCUUCCUAUUUUGGAUUCCUCAAUGAGAGCUCUGCCACUGACUCCCAGAGAAUGGAAGAUAAGGUUAAGCAUCAUAAACUGUUCAGAGACAGAGAGUGAUGAAAUUGCCACAAAGGAGAAUACCAGUUUGAAUCAGGGGAGGAAAUCACUUCUUUUGGAUGUAAGAAAUGGGUAUGAAUGGGAUAUUGGCCAUUUUCAGGGGGCAAAGAGACCUGAUGUUGACUGCUUCAGGAGUACUACCUUUGGAAUUUCAGAUUUAAAGACGAACAUUUCAGAUCCAUUGGCAAGGAUAGACAAAGAAAAUACCGAUAUUUUGAUGUAUUGCACUGGGGGAAUUCGGUGUGACGUUUACUCUGCUAUUUUAAGGCAUCAAAUGACGACCCCUAAAGCCGGAGGAUCUACUAGCCGACAAGCUCUCAUCAAGGAAGAUCAGAGAAGUGACAAAUCGGAGACCAAGAUUGUGUCCAAGUGGAGUAAUAUCGGAGACACCAACUUAGGAAACUUCAAUGUGAAGAAGUUUCAAGAGGUCCCCUACAUUGGCAAGCCAUCACUUGUUGCAAGGAGGAUAAUCGAGAGUGGCAUCAUCAAGGCAGCAGGUUUCCCUCCCGCAGUCAAGUGUCAUGAGUUGAUGAUCGAGUGUGCCCGCCACUAUGACUCACAGUCAAGGACGAUUGUAACCAAGGACGGGAACAUCUUAGCCUACCUUUCAGAGGAAGCCUUGGACCCUCAACCCUAGGCCCAAGGUUAGGACCUUAUCCUCCUUGGCCUCAUGCGGUCCUUAACCGAUGGUCCUCAACCAUCAUCAUGAGGUGACCCUGUGGUCCUUGACCAUUUUUAUGAGGCAUUGUGCCUAGUGAGGAAUCUCUCAGCGUUCCUCCUAUUGUGUUCCUUCUAUCACAAUUGCAAACAAUGAUAAAAUAUACAAAUUAUACAUCAUUAUGUUUAAUUACAUUAACAGUAUUUAACAUUCCCCGCUUAUGUCAUAUUAAUUAUACUGAAUUAACAAUAUUAUAUUAUAUUAUCAGCAUGAUAUUGUAUUAGCAAUAUUAUUAUAUUAACAGCAGCUUAUUGCAUUAACAAUAUUAUAUUAUAUUAAUAGCAGCUUAUUGUAUUAAAUUGUAUUAAUAAUAUUAAAUUGCUUUAAUAAUAUUACCAGCAAACCUCAUAUUCAUACCCGUAGUGUUUCCCAGUCAAUGUGACUGCUGAUGUGUUCCUUAUUUCCUCUUUUUUUCUUAUUCUCCAAAGAGAUCUCAAUCUCUUCUUUAAAAUCUGCUUACUCUCUUGGUGUAUGCACUUAUCUUCUUUUUUUUUACACACAACACCCCCCAUAUAGAAAAUGGAUUUGAUAUCCAUUAUAUAUGUUAUCACGCUGAAGGGUUGCAAUCCUUUAGACGUAAGAAACAUCACUUUUGUUAAGUGCACCUCUUCAUGGCAAUCUGAUUAAUUAUCCCUUAUCGCAUCUUUAUGUUUAACUAUGAUUUGUUAUUUCUUACUUGCUUUUGGCUAAUCACUAUUGUUUGCUUCCUUAUAGUAAUCGCUGAUUAUUAUGGGCCAUAAUAUGAUUGUUUGUAUAGUAGCAUACCAAUAAAUAUUAAGAUAUGGCAAACAUAUUGGUGUCUGCACCAAUAAUGUUGCUGAAUUUCGAGCAUUAUCUUUUGGUCUCGAUCUUGCCAUAUCCUUGGGAAUUAAGGACAUUAUUGUUGAAGGAGAUUCAAUGUUGGUCUUUUAGUAAGUUUCUGCUAAGAAAUGUGUCUCUUGGCAUCUGCAGUACUUGUUAGAGCGCAUCCUUACACAGUUGAAGUGUUUUUCUACCUUUUCUAUCUCUCACUGUUAUAGGGAGAUAAAUGGUAUUGCAGAUUACUUGGCUAAUAGGGUUGUUGUUGAAGGGGUUGAGUAUUUGGAGGUUUUCCCUCGAGAUAUCCCUGCCUCUUGUAUUAGUAUUUAAAAAAAAAUAGAUUGUACAUGCUUGUAGCCUAUAUUACACUCCUUGCUGAAUGUGGUUUUUCUUUCGCAUAUGACAUGGAGGAGGGUGUUGUAUGCCUUAUCAUAACUCCCUUGUUUAAUGGCAUAUUUGGGAAGUAUCUCUGUAAGGAGCAAGGGGGGUGUGGAGGUUGCAAUCGUGUGUCUUGUAAUAGUAAAAUAGUUUGGGCACAAUUGUAGCCCUCAUUAUACUCCUUGUUGGGUGUGGCUUUUCUUUCGUAUGUGACAUGAGGAGGGAGUUGUCGGCCUUAUGAUAACUCCCUUGUUAAUGGCAUAUUCGGUAAGUAUAUCUGCAUGGAACAAGGAGGGUGUGGGGACUGUAAUCGUGUGCCUAUUGGCUUGGCAUGUGCUGUUUUUGCUCUUUAUAGGUCUGUUGUGGUUUACAUCUCAUGAUUAAUGCCUUGUUUUCCUGAUUAUGAAAGUAAUUUGAGUACUCGGGUUUGUUUAGCGUAUUAUCUAGGAUGUAUUCAUUAAAUGUUAGUUUGUUGUACUGUGAGGGCAUAUUCCUUUCAUCAUUCCUUGUUGUUGGUUCCAUGUGUUAUUCAUGCUAUGUCAUGUUGGGAAGGUUGUCUUGGGUAUCAUUGUUCGAGUGUGCUUUUUGCGUGCGUUUCCCUUGUUUGGCCAUUUACUGAUGAUUAUUUUGAGUUGAUAGAUUGAUUCAUGUCUGGGUAUUCAGUGGGAGUUGUGGUUUUGUGGCAUGCUCGUACCUCAUUAUGCUUGGAUGAUUUCAUGCUGCCAGCCUGGUUUUUGUUGAGACAUGGACCAGCUAGGACUCGAACCUAGGACCUUCCAUAUGUUGCUGGAGUGCUCUACCACUAAGCUACUGGCCCCUCUUGGACCAAUCCAUCGUCGGUCCGAGUGUGGCUUAUUUCCAACACCAACACCCCCCCUUAAGCCACACCUCUCGUGUGCUUGGGGCUCUCAGCCUAGACCUGGCUCUGAUACCAUGUUGAGACAUGGACCAGCUAGGACUCGAACCUAGGACCUUCCAUACACUGCUAGAGUGCUCUACCACUGAGCUACUCGCCCCUCUUGGACCAGUCCAUCGUCGGUUCGGGUGUGGCUUAUUUACAACACCAACACCCCCCCUUAAGCCACACCUUUCAUGUACUUGGGGCUCCUAGCUUGGACCUGGCUCUAAUAAGAUGUUGAGACAUGGACCAGCUAGGACUUGAACCUAGGACCUUCCAUAUGUUGCUGGAGUGCUCUACCAUUGAGCUAUUGGCCCCUCUUGGACCAAUCCAUCGUCGGUCUAGGUGUGGCUUAUUUCCAACACCAAUAGUUUUCUCUUUCUCCAUAUGAUUAUAAGGAAUGAUCUUUAGUCAUCAUAUUUUAGUGAUGAACUUUGCACAUUUGAGGAGGUUUCGCAUAUGAAAUUGGUAUUUCAUAAUGCUUCCUGUGUGGGAGCGAUAUAUAUUGAGGCUCUGUGGUUGGCCUUCUUAUGUCUCUUUCUUCUAUGCUAUUGUUUAUUGCUUGAUAAGAUGCUCUGUUUUAUCCGAAAUAUUUUGGUUCGAUUUGGUGGCUGGUGGCUGUCUUUGAGAUCUUGGAAUCUGCAGAUUAAUUGGUAUCUGAGAUGGCUCCUCCUCUUGUUGCUUUUUUCUUGGCUGCUUCUGUGGACAUUUCUGUGGUUUGGUUUUAUUUUGGCUCCUCGAGGUCUUCAACAUCCUCUCCUUCUCCUCAUUUGGGUUAUGUUAUGCUUGCUCACAAUGUUUAUAUUGACAGGGUCUCUUAUUAUGGUUUCCCUUCUGCUAUGUGGUAUCAUUCUAACCAGUGGUUUGGAGAAUUGUGUU